AUGCCCUUUAGGGGGAGGGACUAUUGGGUGAGGUGGGAUGACAGGGAGGAAGGUUAUUUACGCCUUAAUGGUUGGAUAUGCGUUGAACUGUGCUGUGGUGUCAAGGAAAUUGAUAUUAUGUUUGCAUAUAAAGAUGUUCCCACUUUACGAACUCUUCUGUUUAUUUGCCGGUCACUGGUGACAUUGACAUUGAAUAUCAGAGGUAACAUGAAGGUUCUAUCUAGCGCUUGUUUGCCAAAUCUGAAGACUCUACACUUCGAAUACUCCAUAUUUCAAGAAGGUUAUUCAGUUCUUAGGUUAAUUUCCAAUUGCAAUGUCCUGGAAAAUUUGGAAUUUAUUUAUUGCGAGUUUCAUGGCAUAAGUGAGAUCAAUAUUCAUAACCUUUCCCUUAAGAGGUUGGUUUUAGAUUUUGGUAUGAUGCACGUUCGUUCUCUCAAAGGUUACAAUGUCAUCGAGAUUAAUACCCCGAAUCUUGUUUAUUUCAAAUAUAUUGAUGCGAUGGCUGAAGGCUAUACGUUAAGUGACAUGAAAUCUCUAGAAAGAGCUGAUAUUGCAAUCACUCUAUUAGCUAAUGUGGAUUAUGAACGUGCAACAAAUCUUCUCAAGAGAAUUUGCAAUGUACAUUCUCUUUGUUUAGACAUUAGCGGUCGUUCCAAAACGCUUCUUCCGACGCCUCUUGAUCCGGCUUAA